UUAAGAUCAGGCAUUUCAAACAUGCUUGAAACAGUACAAGAAUCGAACUAGUCAUCGUGAAAUUGAUCCUGAAAAUGGUAGCUAUGAGGACUCGAAGAGUUCAUCCGGCCCCAUGUUUAAGACCAGAUUUUGGUGACAUGGAAUGCUUCAAACUUGUUACCAUACCAUGCUUCAACAGUAGCCAGUUCCUUAUGACAUCCCUUAUUUACCUGUCCGUCCCUUAUGGCAUCCCUUAUUUACCAGUCAGUCCAAGAUGAAGAUGAUGACGUUCAUGAAUCUGACAAGGUUAAUAACGGAACUCCUCAUUCACGGUUCGAAUCCAAAUGAACCGAGAUUUGAUGCAGCAAUGAGCAAACAGGGGACGAAUUCCUGACAGCGUGCAAGGGAGAUGAUGGAAUUUUGAAGAAGGGAGGGGGUAAAAACAUGAAUGUGCUGUCCAUCAACCUCAGGUUCCUUUCGUAAUCCGUACCCAAGCUGUCAAUUCUAUUGUUAGCAGUUUUCCGUUAAGAGAGAGAGGGAGACCGAGGGGGGAAAGAAUUAGAGGGAAAGACAAGGAAACGGGAAAGGCUCCCCACCCGCCUUUUUAUUUCUCAAACAGAGAGAGAUAGAGAGGGAGGGGGGAGGAGAGCGAGAGAGAGAAAGAGACUGCGUCCUCCGAGGUCUUCCCCCAUGGUCACGUAACCUAGACUCCAACUUCUUCUUCCUGUCCUUGAUCCUGAUUAGAUAUUGUUAUUCUUGUUCUUCCUUCUUCUGGUUGGUAAUAAAGCUGAUUUUUGCUCCAAUGGGCUCGAGGAAGCCGGUGUUUCUUCCGGCGUUCGCCCUCUGCCUUGUUCUUCUUUGUGUUGGCGGGGCAUCCGCUAACGGAGUUUUUAGAGUCAAGAGCAAGUUCGCCGGUCUGGGGAGCCAGAUUGCUGAGUUGAGGGCGCAUGACGUCAGCAGGCACGGCCGGAUGCUCGGCGAUGUUGACCUGCCGUUGGGCGGCAUUGGUAGAGCGACUGCAGCCGGGCUGUAUUAUACUGAAAUUUGGCUUGGCAACCCAUCGAAGAAGUACUACGUGCAGGUUGAUACAGGCAGCGAUCAGCUUUGGGUGAAUUGCGUUCAAUGUCAGGGUUGUCCUAAAAAGAGCGGCCUUGGAUUGGAGUUGACUCUUUAUGAUCCAAGUGGGUCCAGCAGCGGGUCUUUGGUUUCAUGUAGGGAUGAUUUUUGUUCAACGCUUUAUAGGGGUCAUCUUUCGAGCUGCACUCCUGCUCUCCCCUGCCAAUAUUAUUUGCAAUACGGGGAUGGUAGCACAAGUAUGGGUUACUUCAUAAAGGAUUUCUUACAGUACAACCAAGUUAUUGGCAAUUUGCAAACACGCUCUGUCAAUGCAAGCGUGGUGUUUGGAUGCUCUGUUCGUCAAACUGGGCAACUUGAUGACACUAGGCAGGCACUAGAUGGGAUCAUUGGCUUUGGGCAGUCGGAUAGUUCUGUGAUUUCUCAAUUAGCUUCUGCUGGAGAAGUUGACAAGAUGUUUGCCCAUUGCUUGGAUGGGAUUAAUGGUGGUGGAAUUUUUGCUAUUGGACAAGUGGUGUAUCCCCAUGUGAAGACAACUCCCAUGGUCGCUAAUGAGUCACAUUAUAACGUGUACAUGAAGGGAAUUGAUGUUGGCGGGGUAAUGCUUCAACUUCCUUCAGGUGUGGCUGAUUCUGGAGCUGCAGCGCAAGAUAGGAUGGGAGCAAUCAUAGACAGUGGGACUACUUUGGCCUAUAUUCCAGAGGAUAUCUACAGUCCUUUGAUGAAUGCAAUUCGGUCAAAUGGACCCCGCGUAGAAUAUUUUACAGUUCAAGGGUCAAGCUGCUUUCAGUUCACUGGAAGUGUUAAUGAUUCCUUUCCGUACGUCACAUUCUAUUUUGAAAAUUCCGUUAGCAUGAAGGUUUAUCCACAUCAGUAUCUUUAUCGACUAGGUGAAUUUGAAUGGUGUAUUGGCUUCCAAACAAGUGGAAGUCAGAGUAAGGAUGCAAAACUUUGGGCCGUUUUUGGGGAUUUGGUUUUGGCUAAUAGAUUGGUUUUUUAUGAUCUUGAGAACCAAGCCAUCGGAUGGACUGACUAUGAUUGCUCGACCAGCAUCAAAGUGAAAGAUUCUAAGACUGGAGCUGUUUAUUCUGUUGGAGCCCAUAACAUUUCUUUGGCCUGUAACCUUGAUUCGCUUCGAUCACCAUUAAUACUAUUCCUAAUUAUCAUUCUUCAUUUGAUUCUUUAAUUUCUAUUGUUUGAAGCAACUUGAUCAUUUUGUUGAUUUGCAUCACUUAAUAAAAAGGGUGCUGCACGUCUUCUCAGCAGAAGAAAGAAAAGGAAAAUUUUGAAGAGGAAGAACAACCAAUCCAUCCUCCUGCUCCUAACAGUUAUUUGCUCUAGCUGCUAGGUGGGACAAGCUCAGCUAAAAGCAGGUUGCUGAAUGUCAUGACAUUACGUAGAAUUGUUAUUGAUCCUAGAAAGAAUCGUGCCUCGCAGAGACAUAACUCAUCGUUAACCUUUGCCCUUUGAGUGAAUUAUGAACAGUUUGUGGGUAGUUAAAAAGCACACAUUCCAUAGAGGUGUAAGGCAGCUUUCUAUGAACAGCAGCAUGAAAAUGGUUGGCCUGAAACCUGUUGCCAUCCUCAAGUUCUGAUGUUUUGCACCAUAGCUUCCGAAAGCUGUUUCAUUUGCUUUUAGCUUCCUAUGUACACUUUUCUGGACAAUCAUUUUCUUAUUACAAUUCAUGCUGUUUGAUCCAUGUUCUGGACCUGAUCUAGGUGGUUGUGGAAGCAUCCAUUUCUAAUACAAAUUAUUAUUAUUCA